AUGUCAACAACAAGGGGGGCGGGUAGCGCUAGAAAAAGGGGACAUCAACACCACCCUAGAAACGAAGGUACCAGAAGAAGAUUAGCCCUAGAAGUGUCGCCUAGUAAAUCGUUAAGUGAAUACAGUAUAGCUAACGAAGUGACAACGCAAAACUCGACAAUAACAAAUGAAACUGUGAUAGAUCAUAGUGCCUUCCCCGAAAAUAGUUCUAUUAAUAAUACUGUCAGUCCGAUACAAAGUCAAAACAAAAAUACCGCUAAUAAUUGUGAUAUAGAAGUGAUAGAUUUAACAAAAUGUGAUGAUGAUAUUGAUACUAAAGAUAAUAAAGUAGUACCGAGCAUAUCUACCGACAGCUUAGAUAAAUGUACCAAAAGUGUCAAAGAAGAUCGAAACAGUAAAAUUCGUAAGCAACGAAAAUCCAAACAGAUUAAAAAUGAAACCAAAAGUGAAACUGAAGAAACACAAGAUAUGUCUCUUGUUCUCAGACCAGAAGCAGAAGGCUCAAGUCAAAGCGAUAUAGAAAGCGAACAGGGUAGUGUAGACCCUGAAUUAGAAGAAUUAUCGAAGCUCCGCUGUACGUCUGAAAUGACUGAAGUGGUAGCUGAAAGAGAGAAACGUCGUAGGAGAUGUGCUGAUUAUCCAGGACUUGCUUUCGCUAGUUCCAUAUUCAGUUCUGAUACUCUAAUGAAAUUUUCAAUUAUUAGAAACGAACUGCAUAAUAUUAUGAAUUCACAACUGAAACGUGUAAGUACAACUUGA